AUAUUUGCUAGCAGAAGGGUUUGCUUCUCUCUCUCAAGAUAUUAUUGAGUCGUAAAACUUCCACGAGACCGAGGACAGAGGGAUUGAGUAUUUUUCUUUUGAGUGGAACACAAACAGGCCUGUCCUUAAAGCUGUUUGUCUGUCAAUGUCAGGGUAGCAGCCACAUUGAAUGAGGUUUCAGUCUCACAUGGACAAGAUGGAUAGAUCAUAACAAGACAUUACUUCAAAGGUAUGUUGAACCCCAGAUGCCCAGUUCAACUGUCUCGCUGGUCAAUCUCCUAAACACACUGACAAGUUACUGACAUGCAAUACACUUGUGCCGCUCAAACGAAUAACAGGUCUAUGCUAAGUAAGUCUGUUUAAUUUAGUAAAUGUUUUAUUAUUCCUACAUUUGCCAAAAUGGUUUAGUUGAAUCAAUGUCAAUACCUGAAGAUGGGGCAGACGGCAAUCAGCUAAAAGUGUUUUACAUUAUAGUAAUUUAGCAGACGCUCUUAUCCAGAGCGAUUUACUGGAGCAAUUAGGGUUAAGUGCCUUGUUCAAGGGCACAUAGACAGAUUUUGGACCUUAUCUGCUCGGGGAUUCAAACCAGCGACCUUUCGGUUACUUGCCCAACGCUCUUAAUCUAGGCCACCUGCCGCCCUGCUGUUUUCUUAGUUGAUCACGUUUUAACAAAGCUGAUGUAGGAAAUAUACUGGCGUUUUGUUGCAGGUACAGCCAACUAGUGGAAAAAUAAUAUUGUCAAAAUUAUCCGAUAUAUCUCAAAUAAUAUCCUGAUAAGUAACUAUUGUUCCCCCCCCCCCAAAAAAAUACGGUUUGUUUACACUUACGUUGUUUACAAACAUUGGAGUAAAGCAAGCUUAUUUGGGGUCCUGAUGGGGACAGUUGAACUAAGCUCAUGAGGCAUUUAUAAGUUAUGUUCUUCAAGAAUCAAUGGGUAUCAAUCAAUCGUUCCACAGAGUACAUUUCACAUCCCUUUGAUAUUUUAAAGCCUGUUAUAUUAAAGUAACUGCCCUUUAAUAUAGACCACAUGGACAAUUCAAUACAUCAGAUUUGGUUAUUAUUCUAAACUCCGCCACCAAACAAGACCAAAUUUGGUUGUUUUGGACCGGACCAAAUCUGAACCAAUCAUAGACGUCUAUUGCAGAAGUUUGGACAUCAAAGUACAGCACACUAUAGCUCAGAGUAUAGUCAAGUACAGUAAAGUAUAGUACAGUACAUUAUAGUGUACUCAACGGGUCACGUUAAUGCAUUUUUCACACAAUUUCUCUUACCGCAUAGGAAAUAUCUUGCUGGAUUUUGUAAAGGCAGAUCUAAAAUGCUACAUAUUGUAAGCACUAAUUUUGUACUAAAGUUGCACUUCUCCACUCGGAUGAGGAUUCACAAAUGGGCAUUAUAUCAGCAGACAACACUCUGAAUGAUGUGUAGCUACUUUUCUCAGUGUAGCCUACUUUUCUCCAGGAAUAUGCAAGAUUAACUUCAAGCAAAACAUUUGUUAAUGUAGCUGGCUACAUUCUUUCUAUGAUAAACAUUAGAAAUCUGAAGGCAAUGCAUAGUUUUUGCAAAAAAUACCUUGCUUUUUCAUUGUAAGCUAAUUUACUUCUGAUGAAAAUGAAGCUAUUUUCUGCCGAAUGUGUUGCACUAAUGUAUUUUCUGUGAAGGAAAACUAUAGUUGCACGCCCCUGAUCACUCUAUUGAAGAAGAAAAACAUUGACUUUCAAUAUAAAUGCAGGUGAAAUGGUUUAAAACGCAGAUUUGUUUUGAAGGUCUGCGUUUUCAAAAUGUAGAUUUCUGAACUCUAACGCGACCCCUGCUCAACUCUAUUGUGAUCUACUGUGUACUAAACUCUACUCCACUCUAUUCUACUGUACUGUUCUGAACUAUACUCUAUAGUACAGUAAAGGAAAGUAUUGUAUUUCUGUGAAGUACUCUACUUUUCUUAACUGUACUAUACUCUUACUGUACUGUCCAAAUGUUUGAAACCUAGACGUCCAUGAUUGGUUCAGAUUUGGACCGGACCAAAUCUGAACCAAUUAAUGGACGUCUAGGUUUGGGCCAAAUUAAGGCUAAUUUAAGGACCAAAAAAACGUUUGUGGACAUGGAAAUUAAGGCCAGGGGACGGGCCGACAAUUUCAACUACAGUGCCUUCAGAAGGUAUUCAUACCCCUAGACCUUUUCCAAAUGUUGUUACAGCCUGAAUUUAAAAUGGAUUAAGUUGAGAUUUGUGUCACUGGCCUACACCCAAUACCCCAUAAUGUGGAAUUAUGUUUUUAGACAUUCUUCCAAAUAAAUGAAAAGCUGAAAUGUCUUGAGUCCAGUAUUCAACUCCUUUGUUAUGUUAAGUCGCAUGGACUCACUCUGUGUGCAAUGAUUUUUGAAAGACAUACAAUUGUCUAUAAGGUCCUUCAGUCGAGCAGUGAAUUUCAACUACAAAGACCAGGAAGGUUUUCUAAUGCCUCACAAAGGAGGGCACCUAUUGGUAGAUGGGUAAACAUGUAAGAAUAUCCCUUUGAGCAUGGUGAAGUUAUUAAUUCCACUUUGGAUGGUAUAUCAAUACACCCUGUCACUAUAAAGAUACUUCCUAACUCAGAUGUCGGAGAGGAACAGUGGUGGAAAAAGUACCCAAUUGUCAUACUUGAGUAAAAGUAAAGAUACCUUUUAAUAGAAAAUUACUCAAGUAAAAGUGAGUCAACCAGUAAAAUACUACUUGAGUAAAAGUCUUAAAGUAUUUGAUUUUAAAUCUACUUAAGUAUCAAAAGUAAAAGUAUAAAUCAUUUCAAAUUCCUUAGUAAGCAAACUAGACGGCACCAUUUUCUAGUAAAUAAAUAAAUAAAAUACGGAUAGCCAGGGGCACGCUCCAACACUCAGACAUAAUUUACAAAUGAAGCAUGUGUUUAGUGAGUCAGUCAGAUCAGAGGCAGUAGGGAUGACCAGGGAUGUUCUCUUGAUAAGUGUGAAUUAGACAAUUUUUCUGUCUUGCUAAGCAUUCAAAAUGUGAAGAGUACUUUUGGGUGUCAGGGAAAAUGUAUAGAGUAAAAAGUACAUUAUUUUCUUUAGGAAUGUAGUGAAGUAUAAGUUGACAAAUACCCCCAAAAACGACUUAAGUAGUACUUUAAAGUAUUUUUACUUAAGUACUUUACACCACUGGAGAGGAAGGAAACCGCUCAGGGAUUUCACCACGAGGCCAAUGGUGACUUUAAACGUUACAGAGUUUAAUGGCUGCGAUAGGAGAAAACUGAUCGACAGCAUUGUACUUACACCACAAUACUAACCUAAAUGACCGAGUGAAAAGAAGGAAGCCUGUACCGAACAAAGGGUGAAAACUCGACCGCAGUUCCGCAAUUAAUUUUUUUGUUGGUGUAUGUGACUCAGCUCGGUUUGCAGCCCCGGUCCCAGCAAUUUUGCCACCCUAGUCAAAAUUAAAAUUAAGCAAAAAUAGUCCUUAGAUAUAUUAGGUUAAAAUACCAGAGAUUCUUACGUGGCCCAUUUCAUAUUAGACUAGCGGUAUUAUUGGGCUAUAUCAGCCAGUAGGGUAGAUAUAGUUUGAAAGAGAGUAGAGUUGGGGCUAAAUAUAGGAGAGUGGACACUUACUUGACUUGAGCUACGUUUUGCAUAACUGGUGGUGGCAGGUAGCCUAGCGGUUAGAGUUGGGACAGUAACUGAAAGGUUGCUGGUUCAAAUCCCCGAGCCUACAAGGUGAAAACCUGUCUGAGCCCUUGAUAAGAGCAUCUGCUUAAAUGACUAAAAUGUAAACUGGAUGAUUUUCAAGCAGAGUAAAAUGUAUUUCCAGUCGGUGUUGGAGUCUAAACUAUAGCCUAUCAUAUUUAGGAAGUUAAAGACAAGUGCGCUGUGCUUCUCUGCCCAUAUAGCCUAGUCUACAGGCUAUUUAAUUAUCUCACACGCUUUCUACUUUUUCACUUCUGUAUGGCAUUUUCCUUUAUUUCAAGUAUGGUCUAUUGGCUUUGAUAUUAUAGUUAUAUUAUUAUUUUAUUACCCCCAGGUGCAGAUUGAUUUCGUAAUGACAAGCUGCUGUGCAGAAGAUGUCCACACUGUCUGCGACUGAUAUCACAGAUGUUGGUCAUGGUAAGAGCCCCAUGUUUUAGUCAUGAUCUGACUGGGUACUUGUCCUUGUACUGUUGAUGUGGAUUGACAUUAACUCCCAUUCAUCAACUGGGGUCUCAGUCCACCCCACUUGUCAUUACACUGGUUGGGAGCACUGACAUUGUAGGUCACGCCACAUAAUACACUACAGAGUUCAAUAAUUUAAGCGACAAUUUUAGAUACAUUUUUCUAAGAAUACAGAUUUAAGAACUUGAACUGGCUUAGUCAUGUUUUGAAAAUAUUAAAUGUUUCAAGAAAUGAAAUAGCUUAGUAUUAUUACUUUCUUACCUUGUCAUAAUCCAAAACCCAUCCGUUGCAGAACAUAGCGUUACCAGCCGAUCCACAGUAAAACAACUACUUCAUAGCUUCAAGUUGUGUUAAAAAAUUAUAAUUGUAUUCCUUUACUACUACAGAUAGGCCUAUAUCAUUGACAUUUAGGACUGUUUUCAGGUGGAAUUGUUGCAUGUAGUCAGGGCACAUUUAGGCCUAAAAGUGAACGUCUCACAAUCUUGUGACUUUAAUAUUAGAACUGAGUGUCCUAUGUGAAAGGUGAUGUGGCCAUGUAUGAUUUCAAAAGUAAAGCCACAGCAAGUGACAGUGAAGUGGUCUAACGUCUCAAUGUGUAGGUUGUCUACCCAUUCUGACCAUAGUGGGCGAAAUGUUUUUUUGUGUUAUAAAAUACAUUUUAACAUAAUAUCCAAAAAGUCAGAUUUCGUAACGUAAUACAUCCGAUAAUAAGCACCGGGCUCUGUUGACAUAGCUGUGCAGGUUUCCCGUAACAACUUUUAAGGAUUUAACAUUUUGUGGUUGUGUUCAAAGUUGUUUCCGUGGGUCGCAAAAAGCUAAAUUGGCAUGACACGAGCAGAAUUAAAUGUAAAAGGAUUUGAAAAUAAAAAGCUUGGUAUACGCUCAGUGCUCGGUUGACAUUUCAGACAUGUGUGUUUUUCUAAGAAAUAUUUGAAAAAUAACAGGAAUUUUGAAUUAAUAUGAAAAGCGUAUACUAAAAUAUGAAAAUACUACAUGACAUGCCUCAAAAUUGAUAUCCAUCUUACCGCUAUAUUGUUUUCAUGUCCUGUGGAAUUGAGAAGAAAGAUAACACGUUCAACAGGAAAGUGAGCCUGUCAGGUAGCCAGUAGCCUUAAUUCUUGCACAGAAUCCAGCCUAGCUGUCGGGGAUUGUGCCCAACUUGAGUACAUUUUGAACAGAUUAUGAUAGGGACAUGCGGUUUGGACCGUUGAUUUUCUUAGAGGAUUAUCUACACCAGCGAUUCUCAACUGGAGGUUUUGAUGGGGUCGCGGGUAAAAUAAAAUAAUACUCCAGUCUGAACUUAAACGACUUAAACCAGGUAUGUAGAAUAAUGAAUUUACAUUAGAAAAGAAAGUAUGAAAAUGUAUUAACUCACUACUGUAAAUCGCUCUGGAUAAGAUGAAUGACACAUUUAAAUGUAAAUGUUUUAAUUUUUAAUCUCUGAACAAUUUUUCAAUCACAGUAUUUUCAAUAUAGAGCUAUUAGCAGUGCUAUAUUUGGUAGAUUUUUGUGGUCUCAAACCAGUGAGUUUAUUAACAUUCAUCAAGAAUAUGGGCAAUUUUAUUAUUGACAAUGAAAGAGGUGGGAAGGUUGUUCCCUUGUCAUAUAAUUGCUACAUUUAAUAUCAAUAUAGCAUAAAAAAAUAGAUUCCAGAUUGUAUUUUGGCAAAUAUUUUUUCUGAUGUGAGUAUUGGGUCAUGACUGAGACAACCUGGUUAAAUUGUAGUCCUGAGGCAAAACCAGUUGAGAACCACUGAUCUACACAAUGAACAUAUUAUUUUACCCAUUGGUCAAAAUAUCCAUUUUUGAUUGGACACCCUACAAUGUGUGUUUCUGUAUCGCAGGUGAGGUGUUCGACGGGGCCCCAGAGCUGCAGCUGGACUGCCUCGGCAGUGGUAACGACCGCAGCAGUGCAGAAAUGAAGCAUGAGGGCAACCUCCUCCCCCUGGAACCGCCCCACCAUGCAGGGUUUUCCAGCCCCCCCCAGAAAGGGCCUUCCUCACUAGCUGAGAAGAGCAGCCCGCUGCCCAUGGAGCCCAGCGACAUCAAGGCCGACUCCGCCGGCGACAUGCCUGCCAACACAGGUGCGCAUGUUUUUGUAUUUCAGAUUGAUUUAACCUUUAUUUAUCCAGAAAGUUCCAUUGAGGUCAAGAGACCUAUUUUGUGAGGGAGACCUGGCAUCUGUGUGUUCAGUGAUGUCAUCAAACCAGUCAGACUGGUCCAAGCGUCAGGCUAUUCCGUUGUUUAUUUUCGACAAAGAGUCUCAUCUUAUAUAUUUUAGUGUUCAUGCCUAUAUUUUCCCAGAUAGUUCCAUAUAAACUCAGCAGAAAAAGAAAUGUCCCUUUUUCAUGACCCUGUCUUUCAAAGAUGAUUCGUAAAAAUCCAAAUAACUUCACAGAUUUUCAUUGUAAAGGGUUUAAACACUGUUUCCCAUGCUUGUUCAAUGAACCAGAAACAAUUAAUGAAUAUGCACCUGUGGAACGGUCGUUAAGACACUAACAGCUUACAGAUACAGUGGGGGAAAAAAAGUAUUUAGUCAGCCACCAAUUGUGCAAGUUCUCCCACUUAAAAAGAUGAGAGAGGCCUGUAAUUUUCAUCAUAGGUACACGUCAACUAUGACAGACAAAUUGAGAUUUUUUUUCUCCAGAAAAUCACAUUGUAGGAUUUUUUAUGAAUUUAUUUGCAAAUUAUGGUGGAAAAUAAGUAUUUGGUCACCUACAAACAAGCAAGAUUUCUGGCUCUCACAGACCUGUAACUUCUUCUUUAAGAGGCUCCUCUGUCCUCCACUCGUUACCUGUAUUAAUGGCACCUGUUUGAACUUGUUAUCAGUAUAAAAGACACCUGUCCACAACCUCAAACAGUUACACUCCAAACUCCACUAUGGCCAAGACCAAAGAGCUGCCAAAGGACACCAGAAUCAAAAUUGUAGACCUGCACCAGGCUGGGAAGACUGAAUCUGCAAUAGGUAAGCAGCUUGGUUUGAAGAAAUCAACUGUGGGAGCAAUUAUUAGGAAAUGGAAGACAUACAAGACCACUGAUAAUCUCCCUCGAUCUGGGGCUCCACGCAAGAUCUCACCCCGUGGGGUCAAAAUGAUCACAAGAACGGUGAGCAAAAAUCCCAGAACCACACGGGGGGACCUAGUGAAUGACCUGCAGAGAGCUGGGACCAAAGUAACAAAGCCUACCAUCAGUAACACACUACGCCGCCAGGGACUCAAAUCCUGCAGUGCCAGACGUGUCCCCCUGCUUAAGCCAGUACAUGUCCAGGCCCGUCUGAAGUUUGCUAGAGUGCAUUUGGAUGAUCCAGAAGAGGAUUGGGAGAAUGUCAUAUGGUCAGAUGAAACCAAAAUAUAACUUUUUGGUAAAAACUCAACUCGUCGUGUUUGGAGGAUAAAGAAUGCUGAGUUGCAUCCAAAGAACACCAUACCUACUGUGAAGCAUGGGGGUGGAAACAUCAUGCUUUGGGGCUGUUUUUCUGCAAAGGGACCAGGACGAGUGAUCCGUGUAAAGGAAAUAAUGAAUGGGGCCAUGUAUCCUGAGAUUUUGAGUGAAAACCUCCUUCCAUCAGCAAGGGCAUUGAAGAUGAAACGUGGCUGGGUCUUUCAGCAUGACAAUGAUCCCAAACACACCACCCGGGCAACGAAGGAGUGGCUUCGUAAGAAGCAUUUCAAGGUCCUGGAGUGGCCUCGCCAGUCUCCAGAUCUCAACCCCAUAGAAAAUCUUUGGAGGGAGUUGAAAGUCUGUGUUGCCCAGCGACAGCCCCAAAACAUCACUGCUCUAGAGGAGAUCUGCAUGGAGGAAUGGGCCAAAAUACCAGCAACAGUGUGUGAAAACCUUGUGAAGACUUACAGAAAACGUUUGACCUGUGUCAUUGCCAACAAAGGGUAUAUAACAAAGGAUUGAGAAACUUUUGUUAUUGACCAAAUACUUAUUUUCCACCAUAAUUUGCAAAUAAAUUCAUUAAAAAUCCUACAAUGUGAUUUUCUGGAUUUUUUUUCCUCAUUUUGUCUGUCAUAGUUGACGUGUACCUAUGAUGAAAAUUACAGGCCUCUCUCCUCUUUUUAAGUGGGAGAACUUGCACAAUUGGUGGCUGACUAAAUACUUUUUUUCCCCACUGUAGUAGGCAAUUAAGGUCACAAUUAUGAAAACUUAGGACACUAAAGAGGCCUUUCUACUGACUCUGAAAAACACCAAAAGAAAGAUGCCCGGGGUCCCUGCUCAUCUGCGUGAACGUGCUUUAGGCAUGCUGCAAGGAGGCAUGAGGACUGCAGAUGUGGCCAGGGCAAUAAAUUGAAAUGUCCGUACUGUGAGACGCCUAAGACAGCGCUACAGGGAGACACCUGCACAGGAUCGGUACAUCCGAACAUCACACCUGCGGGACAGGUACAGGAUGGCAACAACAACUGCCCGAGUUACACCAGGAACGCACAAUCCCUCCAUCAGACUGUCCGCAAUAGGCUGAGAGAGGCUGGACUGAGGGCUUGUAGGCCUGUUGUAAGGCAGGUCCUCACCAGACAUCACCGGCAACAACGUCGCCUAUGGGCACAAACCUACCAUCGCUGGACCAGACAGGACUGGCAAAAAGUGGUCUUCACUGAUGAGUCGCGGUUUUGUCUCACCAGGGGUAAUGGUCGGAUUUGCGUUUAUCGUCGAAGGAAUGAGCAUUACACCGAGGCCUGUACUCUGGAUCGAGGUGGAGGGUCCGUCAUGGUCUGGGGCGGUGUGUCACAGCAUCAUCGGACUGAGCUUGUUGUCAUUGCAGGCAAUCUCAACGCUGUGCGUUACAGGGAAGACAUCCUCCUCCCUCAUGUGGUACCCUUCCUGCAGGCUUAUCCUGACAUGACCCUCCAGCAUGACAAUGCCACCAGCCAUACUGCUCGUUCUGUGCGUGAUUUCCUGCAAGACAGGAAUGUCAGUGUUCUGCCAUGGCCAGCGAAGAGCCCAGAUCUCAAUCCCAUUGAUCACGUCUGGGACCUGUUGGAUCGGAGGGUGAGGGCUAGGGCCAUUCCCCCCAGAAAUGUCCGGGAACUUGCAGGUGCCUUGGUAGAAGAGUGGGGUAACAUCUCACAUCAAGAACUGGCAAAUCUGGUGCAGUCCAAGAGGAGGAGAUGCACUGCAGUACUUAAUGCAGCUGGUGCCCCCCCCCCCUUUGUUCAGGGACACAUUAUUCAAUUUAUGUUAGUCACAUGUCUGUGGAACCUGUUCAGUUUAUGUCUGUUGUUGAAUCUUGUUACUGUUUUCUCUGAUAUUUGCAUAUCAUAUAUUGCCAGUACAUACAUUUUAUAUAUUUCCACAGAGGGCAAGCCGGUGAAGAGGAAGAAGGGUCCAGCCCCCAAGAUGCUGGGGAACGAGGUGUGCAGCGUGUGCGGGGACAAGGCUUCGGGCUUCCACUACAACGUGCUGAGCUGCGAGGGCUGCAAGGGCUUCUUCCGCCGCAGUGUCAUAAAGAGCGCCCAGUACUCGUGCAAGAACAACGGCCGCUGUGAGAUGGAUAUGUACAUGCGCCGCAAGUGCCAGCAGUGCCGGCUGCGCAAAUGCCGUGAGGCGGGCAUGCUGGAGCAAUGUGAGUUGUCUCUUUAUGGUUGAGCUACAGUUCCCUGUGGCAGCCAUCUUGUUUUUUUUAUAUACACCUUUAUCUUCAAAAGUACCUAUGCUUUUUUGGACCUUUUCCUUAGAUCUGUCGGGAAAUGUAGGGGUUGUGCUAAAAAUCAGUAAAAUAUACACACAUUUUAAAUGUAGAGAUACUGAUUGGAGAUGGCUUGGCAAGAUCUCUAAAAAGCUGACGUACAUAAUUUAAAUUGACCUCCCAAACUAUGGGAGUAUCUGUCUUUUUCCUACUUUUCAUUACUGUGCUGAUUGUGUUCCCGGCGUUCCCAGGUGUUCUCUCAGAGGAGCAGAUCCGAGGGAAGAAGAUGAAGAAGAACGAGGAAGAGAAUGCUCGCACGUCUGCCGUGGUGACCCCCACCCCGGUGCCGGAGGUGGUCCCGCUGGCGCCCGAGCAGCUGGAGAUGAUCGAGAAGCUGGUGUCCAUGCAGAAGCAGUGCAACAAGCGCUCGUUCAUCGACCGGCCCAAAGUCACGGUGAUUGUCUCUGAAUGUCCCAACCCUACUAACAUAUAUGCCAUGUUUAGAUUUCUUAAACAGUUUGGAUUGAUUGACAGUUGCACUAAUGUAAGGAUGGGUAUGAAAUCGUCAUCUUGAUAUGGAGGUGGAAUACAACAUUUCUGCAUUGUGGAGGUGUUUUGUUAAAAUUGUGCAUGUUCAAAGACAUGUUAGCCAAGAAUACUGCACAAAAUAUUGUUACUGUUGAAUUUUGGCCAAAUGAACUGUUUGUCAUCCAGACAAUUUUUGGUAGCAGCUCUGAGUACAUGGUGAAAUCUCUGCAUUGCAUUAGGUGUUUUUAUUUUUUUAUUGAUGAAUUGAAUAAUUUGUUCAUUAAUUAAUCUAUUGAUGUCUUUGUCUCCAUUUAAUUUCUAGCCGUGGCCCCAGAGUCAGGACCCUCAGAACAGGGAGGUGAGACAGCAGCGCUUUGCCCACUUCACCGAGCUGGCCAUCAUGUCGGUCCAGGAGAUAGUAGACUUUGCCAAGCAGCUGCCUGGCUUCCUGGAGCUCACCAGAGAGGACCAGAUUGCCCUGCUGAAGACCUCAACUAUUGAGGUGAGUCAUCGUUUUCUCCUCACCGUUUACCUUCUUUCCCCUCAUAUUCUCAUACAGGUUUGUUAAAGUGGUAACUACAGUAAUAACAAAUGCCGGCUUGAUGUUGUCUUUCGCCUAUUAAAAAAAAAAAUAUACACUUAUAGUCAAGACCACUGGGAGGGGGGGAAUCAUCUGGCUCUAUAUCAUUAGGUAUCAUUAUGUUGGUUUUCAGGAACACAUGUCUCAAUAUGUCAAGUAGAUUAUCUACUUUGCAGGAUGUCACUGAGAUGUGCCUUGUUUUUCUGCAGAUCAUGCUGCUGGAGACAUCGCGGCGAUAUAACCCUGCCAUUGAGAGCAUCACGUUCCUGAAGGACUUCAGUUAUAACAAGGAGGAUUUUGCCAAAGCAGGUACAAUAUCAUCUUUUGUUUGUCUGAGAUGUUCAUGAUCCACAUUCAAGCUGCAAUCAGUCAAAAACAAGCUACUCGCCUUCAACUCCCUCUUGUUCUGUUUCCGCACUCCAGGGGCUCCCAACCUUUUUUCCUCAGGGCCCCCUUUUUAACAUACAUUAUGUUGUUUUGAAGCACAUUUCCUGCAAUUCUAUGUAGUUUAACAAGAUUCAUGACAUCUUUUAGGUAGGCUAUUUGAUGAUGAUAUUAUUAUUAUUAUUAAUAAAAAUAAUAAUGGAUAAGGAAAAUUAAGUCUACCCGAUUACACCAAAUGUUAUUCCGCUACCAAAUGUUUUAUUAUUAUAAUUUAUAUGAACACUCAAUAUAAUUAUACAUGUUCUCUUUUACAAAAAGUGAAUAGAUCAAUUGAAAGCGACAGUCACACACAUAAGAUUACUUCAAUUUCUUUGACUCGACUUUAGAAGGUCGUAGCUCAGCUUCUGAAUGUCAUGGAGACAAACCAAAGAUAUCACCAUGUGCAUCAGUCGUGUCUUCCCUGACAUUUUACAUAUAUAUUUUUUUACUCCUCAAAUCAAGGAAGGUCCUGCGCCCCCUCCAGGAAACUUUGGCGCAACCCCUAGGUUGGGAACCCCUGCCAUACUCUGUAGAGACAUUGACCUCUUACCUUUAACCCAUAUUUGUAUCCAUCUCGGUCUGUAUUUCCCUCUCCCUCUGUCUCUCCUUCUCUCUCAUCCCCCUCAGGGCUGCAGUUGGAGUUUAUCAACCCCAUCUUUGAGUUCUCCAAGGGCAUGAACGACCUGCACCUGGACGAGGCGGAGUACGCUCUGCUCAUCGCCAUCAACAUCUUCUCUGCAGGUCAGAGGUCAAGUGGUAUGCUAGUGUGGAACAGAGCCCAUAUGCAAGGUCCCUUUAUUACAAAGGUCUGGACAUCGACGUAAUCAUUAGGGAUUCAUUGACGUGGAUAUUCUGGGCCGAUACUGAUAUUUAAUAUUGUCUUUGCAAUAUCGAUUUCUAGUAAUCAUAUGCGGAAGCUUCCAAAAAACAAACAAUUUCAUGAGAACAGCGCUGUUUUAAAGAUUCUACAGGGUUUGCAGUGAGAAUAUGACCGGGGUCAGGAAAUUAAGUGAAACGGUGGCUGUAGAUGUUUUGAAAAACUUCUUAAUAAAUAGAAUGACAGUAAAAAAGUUAAUGAUAUGCCUUCAGAAAGUAUUCAUACCCUUUGACCUAUUUCAAAUGUUGUUACAGCCUGAAUUCAGAAUGGACUGAAUAGAUUAUUUUUCUCACCCAUCUACACAUAAUACCCACAUAAUGACAAAGUGAAAACAAGUUUAUUGAAAUUGUUGCACAUUUAUUGAAAAAUUUAAAAUAUUUACAUAAGGAUUCACACUCCUGAGUCAAUAUAUGUUAGAAUCACCUUCGGCAGCGAUUACAGCUGUGAGUGUUUCUGGGUAAGUCUGUAAGAGCUUUGCACACCUGGAUUGUACAAUAUUUGCACAUUCUUUUUAAAAUUAUUCAAGCUCUGUCAAGUUGGUGGUUGAUCAUGGCUAGACAGCCAUUUUCAAGUUUUGCCAUAGAUUUUCCAAGCCUAUUUAAGUCAAAACUGUAACUAGGCCACUCAGGAAUAUUCAGUCAUAUUGGUAAGAAACUCCAGUGUAUAUUUGGCCUUGUGUUUUAGGUUAUUGUCCUGCUGAAAGGUGUAUUUGUCAUCCCAGUGUCUGUUGGAAAGCAGACUGAACCAGGUUUUCUUCUAGGAUUUUGCCUAUGCUUAGCUCGGUUUCUUUUUAUCCUAAAAAACUCCCUUGCCGAUGACGAGCAUACCCAUAACAUGAUGCAGGCACCACCAUGCUUGAAAAUAUGAAGAGUGGUACUCAGUGAUGUGUUGUUGGAUUUGCCCCAAACAUAACGCUUUGUAUUCAGGAUAUAAAGUUAAUUUAUUUGCCACAUUUUUUGCAGUUUUACUUUAGUGCCUUACAGGAUGCAUGUUUUAGAAUAUUUUUUUAUUCUGUACACGCUUCCUUCUUUUCCCUCUGUCAUUUAGGUUAGUAUUGUGGAGUAACUACAAUGUUGUUGAUCCAUCCUUAGUUUUCUCCUAUCACAGCUAUUAAACUCUGUUUUAAAGACACCAUGUUGGCCUCCUGAGAGGCGCAGCGGUCUAAGGCACUUCAUUGCAGUGCUUGAGGCGUCACUACAGACCCGGGUUCGAUCCCAGGCUAUGUCGCAGCCGGCUGCGACCGGGAGACCCAUGAGGCUGCACACAAUUGGCCCAGCGUCGUUGGGGGAGGGUUUGGCAGGGCGGGAUAUCCUUGUCCCAUUGCGCUCUAGCGACCGGUUAAGUGAGCAGUGGGUUAAGUGAGCAGUGUGUCAAGAAGCAGUGCGGCUUGGCAGGGUCGUGUUUCAGAGGACACAUGGCUCUCGACCUUCGCCUCUCCCGAGUCCGUACGGGAGUUGCAGCGAUGGGACAAGACUAACUACCAAUUUGGAUAUCAUGAAAUUGGGGAGAAAAAUUGGUUAAAAAAAAAAUGUAAACGCUAAAAUAAAACAAGACCCCAUUGGCCUCAUGGUGAAUUCCCUGAGCGGUUUCCUUCCCCUCCGGCAACUGAGUUAAGAAGGACGCCUGUAUCUUUGUAGUGGCUGGGGAUAUUGCUACACCAUCCAAAGUGUAAUUAAUAACUUCACCAUGCUCAAAGGGAUAUUCAAUGUCUGCUUUUUAAUUUUUACCCAUCUACCAAUAGGUGCCAUUCUUUGUGGUUGAAUCUGUGUUUGAAAUUCACUGCUCGACUGAGGGACCUUACAGAUAGUAUCUGUAUGUGUGUGGUACAGAGAUGAGUUAGUCAUUCAAAAUCAUUUUAAACACCAUGCAACUUAUUAUGUGAAUUAAGCAAAACAUUUUUUUACUCCUGAACUUAUUUAGGCUUGCCAUAAAGGGGUUGAAUACUUAUUGACAAGACAUUUCAGCUUUUCAUUUUCAAUUAAUUUGUAAGAAUUUUGAAAAACAUAAUUCCACGAAACAUAAAUCUAAAUUGAAAUCCAUUUUACAUUCAGGCUGUAACACAACAAAAUGUGGAAAAAGUCAAAGGGUGUGAAUACCUUCUGAAGGCACUGCAUGUGUUUGCUGAGGAAUUCACUACGAAUGUUUAUUUUCCACUUUGAUGGUGAACUUUCCGUACCGCUACCAUUCACUCCAAGUUAUUUUCACUCGCCUCGCUGGUCCCUUUGUUUAGAAUUCUUCCGCAUUUAUGCAAAGAGUUAUGGGAUAUCAAAAUAUUAACGUCUUGAUCUGGGUACUACAGAGACCUUGCCCAUAUGUAGGAAGUAACAUUCAACAGAUCAAUGCAUUCUAUUGUAUUGAGUAUAAAACGUUAAGCUGUUUUUGUAUGUUCCCCAGACCGGCCCAAUGUGCAAGACCAUGAACUGGUGGAGCGACUGCAGCAGCCGUACGUGGACGCACUACGUUCUUACAUCAUGAUAAAGAGACCAAACGUGAGUGCCCUAGUUAUAUAUGAUUUAACUUGCACAAGCCGCCAUGUGUAGGUUUUGAGGAUGUUUCGGUUGUCACAUACACACUUGAGUCCGUGUUGAGUUGAAUUCCAUUUUCAAUUCCAGUCAGUACAGGAAAUGUAUUGAAAUUCAGGUCAUGGGUGGGAAAAUCAUAAUUGAAAGUAAAAGGAAAAUGUUAGGUUUAAAAAUACAAAAUGUAAUGGUUCCCCAACCCUAAAUGAUGAGCGGGGUUAAAUUAACCUCUCUUCCUUCUAGGAUCACCUGAUGUUUCCACGCAUGCUCAUGAAGCUGGUCAGCCUCCGCACCCUCAGCAGCGUCCACUCUGAGCAGGUCUUCGCCCUGCGCCUCCAGGACAAGAAGCUCCCGCCGCUGCUCUCUGAAAUCUGGGAUGUCCACGAGUGACUCCGCCGACGGCCCUCGCGGAACUCUGCCGCGCUUUGCAAACCUGCGUACUGGGAUGGACAGAAACAUUAGGGCCGUCUUUCGAGUGUCGAAAAAAAGACUUGAGAAUGAAGUGAAGCCUCCCAGGCUACCCAAACACGGCGGAUCAAACCUACAGAUUGGUUGCCAGAUUGAAUCGGUUGCCAGAUUGGAGGAACUUUUUUCAUUUUUUUUCUAUAUCUUCUGUGCAGUUUGGCAGGAUAGUGAUGGCCCUCUGUCCUGCAGACUGGGACACUAAUCUCAUGGGGGAGGUUGGGGCAUAGAAAUGGAAUGAAUAAUUGGUAAUUCUAUUUCUAUGGGUUGAGGAUUGUGCAUACCUGGUUUCUCUCCCCCCCCCAUUCCGUUGUCUUAAAGGUGAGACGGGCUUGUGGUGAGAUUGCGCUACAAUGGUCAGUUUGGCUCAGACUUGCUAGCCAGUGUUGACCAUUAAAUCUAUUGAUAUCUGUUGAUAGUCAGUCUCGUGAUAGGCCUAUCUAUAACGACAAUUGCCAUGAAGCUUCGAGAAGGUUUUGGCAAUGGCACCCUCCUCUCAGAUCCACAUCAUGGAUGAUAACCCCAUAGUGAAAAUAAAGAGAAAAAUACAUGUUAAAGCCCUGUGUUGCAAUGGGAUAGGAUACAGAGGUAUCCUAACUGCUGCCCAAUGUUAAGAAAUGUGUCUUAUUGGUGUCCACUGUCCAGAUGUAUGUUAGAAUGGUAGGUCGCCUGCUUGAUAUUGUUGCGAUAGAGCAGUUUAGUAGUCAGCCAUUUUAUUUGUUCUCCUCUCGGGGAAGUAAUAGGAAAGCAAUUCUGAUUGGUGUUGAAUUGUUUAAGGUAAAGUGAUUGGAAGUGUUGGUAUAGAGAUGCGUAGUCCACCACUUUUAAGCGCAGGGCCCCCACCAACCAUUUGUAAAUGCACUCAAACAUUGAUUUACAUGUACAAAGUAUAUAUUAAGAUGACAAAAUAUAUAUAUAUAUAUAGUAUGCCCACAAGUGAAGACAUCCAUACAAAACGACUGUACAAUCAACACUCACUAACGCACGCAGCAAGCAUAUUUUUUUUUUAAGCAUCACUGGAUAUAUGACAGACAAGCUGAGCCCUUCUACACUGGAACAACUUCAACGCUACACUAGGGAGUAGUAAGCUUAGGCCCGGGAUGGGCAACUUUGAUGCGGGUGGAGGCACAGAAAAACAGAACUCAUCAUGCAGUGGCUCGUGGGUCUGCGUA